AUGCGUGUGAACAAAAACCUAGUGCUUUCUCGUUGUCCUGGCGGUUGCUCUCUUCAGAUUAACGGAGAGGCAGUGGAGCAGGUGGAGAAGUUCAAGUACCUAGAAAUUGUAUUUACUAGUGAUGGAGAGUUGGUGGAAGAGAUCGACUGGCGAACUGGAGUAGCCAGUGGCGUUCUGCGUGAACUAGCCCGACCCGUUGUGACGAAAGCAGAGCUC